AUGGCUCCCACGACCCCGACCAAGGGAUCCGAGCCCGAGCCCGGGUCGCUUUCAACCUCGAACACAUUCCCUCGUCACUCCCCUUCGCAAGCGAAAGAACCUCGACCAGCCAUUCAACGCGCAAAUACCACAGAGAACGGUGCCAUCCCGCCUGUUACCAUCACGCAGGACACACCACCGGAGGGGCAGAAAGAGAAGGCCGAUACGUUUGAGUCUGAAGCUGCCGAUGAUGAUGUAGUUGAAGCACCCCGCGCUUCGGUGGACAUGGAUGAUAUACCCAUUGAGCUGGUCAGCAAGACGGACAACUUCAUCGACUCGCUCUCCGCUAAGGUUCACCCCUCCCCACCAAAUAUAGAUAAUCUAUCUCGGCUAUUUCAAGAUUUCUAUCACGUCGCUGCUUCCCACAUCCGGACCCAUAUAGACAGUCUGGCCACCCGGCAAACCCGGGAGACUUCGCCGACCCACUCGAGUUAUUCCAAAGCGUCGCCAGCUAGUUUGUUAAGAGCCAAGGCAGCUUCUUUUAGCAAUAGGGACAAGACGAAAGAAACACCAACCAAGGGAGAGCAGCAGAUGCUCACGGCCGAGGAGUUUGCUGACAGAAAGCGAGCAAAGAAGGCGCUAGAGCAGAAGAGGAUCUUACUCGAGGAAGCGGUUGAAAGACGGCUUUGCGAAGGGAUAUACGACCGCAUAUAUCGGCAUCGGUCUACCCAAGAUGAGGCGCAAGACGACAAGCUCAGAUCCAAGACGGCCGCCUUGGCUCUUGUCGGUAUCGGGCCUGCGGACUUAGGCGUUGACCUUGGGGAAACACCCGAGGACACCCCUGAGGCCCGCGCGCAGAAGCAAGAGCAGAUUCGGGAGUACCUAGACCAAGCCCGGAAAGACUUGAUGUUAAUGUACGAGAAGAGGUACCCCUUAGGCAAGCUCAAUCAUCUCAAGGCCGCUCAUAAGAGCAUUGUUGAAACAUUGUCCAACUUCCACCCUUCUUCGUCAGCUGAUGAGAUCAUGCCGAUGCUCAUCUACACUCUGAUAACUAUGCCACCUGAGAAGCUUAGUGUAAUCAGUGAUUCGAACUUCAUACAGAGAUUCCGGUGGGAAGAAAAGCUCGAGGGAGAAGCCGCAUAUUGCUUGACAAACCUCGAGGCCGCAAUCACUUUUCUGCAAACAGUAGAUCUUGCUAGUCUUAGAGCGGACGAGGCGUCGUCAGGUCCAUUAAAAUCAGAGAGCCGACCCGAGGCGCAAAGGACGGAGACAUUCCCGCCUGCCUACACGGCAGGCUUAUCUGCCACAACGUCAAAUUCGGCUGCCGCAACUCCUGAAAAUGCUAAGAGCACGAAACUUUCACCGUCAUCCGACAGCUUACGAGCCGCCAUUCAACGCCGCAGGUUAAGUGACCUUAUCCAGAGUCCAGCCCAGGCUUUUGGAAACGCAAGCGACUCGCUAUUUUACACAGCUGACCAAGGGAUCAAGAAUAUCGGGACCAGCUUGGGUGAUAGCUAUAAGUUCUUACUUGGCAAGCUUCGAGACAGUUCCGCUAGCGGGCGGGAACUAAUCGUUCCACGAACCCUAGACGAAGCACGGAAGCUUAUAGGCACCCCGCCCCCAGAAGAUGAUACUUCCGUUGAUGGUGGGAGUUCCGCACAAGGAGGCGAGAAUCCCGAGCGGCCGGCACCUGGAAAGGACGAUAAAUUACUAUCCCUAGUGGGUGGUAAAAGGCCUGUAAGGGAUCACAGUACAGACAGUACGAGGAGCGCUCGGAGCGUAAGCAGCUCUAAGAAAUUGUUUUCUGCGGAAGAAAACAAGGAGAAAACUCCCACCGCAACCGCAACGCCCUCGCCUGCUUCCUCCAACCAACCUCUGGUCGAAUCGAUGAGGAACCUCGGCAAUUCUCUCAACCCCAUCAACCGCUUCGCUGGAAUGAGCAUGAUGCGCGGGUUCGGUCGCGCGGCGACGAUUCCCGUGACGCCCACCAAGAGCGAUAACUCCUCCUCCAAGGCGACGGACGGGGGAGAUCUAGCUACGGCAUUCCCCGAUAUCGCCGCGGCGCUGCCGCCGAAGGACAUACCGAAAAUAGACCCGCCCAAGAAGAAGUUCAUGGAAAUACAGAACCCUACGGACCUCAGGAUCGGCGACGUCCUGGAGCUGCUGAGGGAUUACCGCCGGCUGGCUGGCGCUCUUAAGGAUAUGGAUGCUUUCAAGGAAUAA